AAAGAGGGGCACCUCGUCUCCGAGGCGGAAGUCCACUUUAAAGUGGCCCGGCUCAUCAUGGAGGCAGGUGUCAAGCCGGGUAUGCAGUCCAUUCCAAUUGCCACAGCCUGUACCAUUUACCAUAAAUUUUUUUGCGAGACCAAAUUAGAUGCAUAUGACCCUUACCUCAUAGCCACGUCUGCCAUUUACUUGGCCGGGAAGGUGGAGGAGCAACACCUCAGCUCUAGAGACAUCAUCAAUGUCUCUCACAUAAACCCCAAGAGUGAACCUUUGGAGUUGGACUCCUGGUUCUGGGAGCUGAGAGACAGCAUCGUUCAGCGCGAAUGGCUCAUGCUGAGAGUUUUGCAUUUCCGGGUCUCCUUCCAGCACCCCCACAAAUCCCUGCUCCACUACCUUAUUUCUUUAAAGAACUGGAUGAACCGCCACAGCUGGAAGAGGACGCCCGUCUGGGCACUGCUGCGGGACAGCUACCAUGGAGUAUUGUGCCUUCGCUACCCAGCCCCACACAUAGCCGGGGCAGUGCUCUAUCUCGCCUUGCAGUGCUACCAAGUGGAGGUGCCUGCCGAUUCUGAGGCAGAAAAGCCAUGGUGGCAGGUCUUUAGUGAAGACCUUACCAAGCCAGUCAUUGAUAAUAUUGUGUCUGACCUCAUUCAGAUUUACACAAUGGACACAGAAAUCCCGUAA